UAUGUGACGGUCAGUUUUCGACCGACAAGCGAGAGAGAAGGUUGUAAAAGUAGCUCCAAGAAAAGUGAUUAAUUCCGACCAAAAUCUGCAUUGGAUAUUUAGAAGAAAUGGUGGAUAUCAAAGGAAACCAAGAAUUUUUCAAAUUUUUAGAAGAUGGCGAGAAUCAUUUUCUUGGUGGCGACUGGAUUUCGCAGUAUGACACCCAUGAUAAUGCCGAUUACAACUUUGCAGAAGAAGUUCAAAGUGUGCCCGAYCUUGGGACAAUUCCAUUCUUAAAUCAGUCAAACUACUCUACAAUUGGGUCUGCGCCUGGAUGGAUGUCUGAGAACUUUCAAAACAGUGGCAACUUUACGAUGACAGGAGAGAGUGGAGAUGCGCAGGUUGGUAAAAUGGAGAUCCCAGAAUACAGCCCUGCACCUUCUACCAGCAGCUCUUUUUUUGCCUACAGCGAAGCAGAAAAUAGACCCGAACCAAGAGAUGAGGCAUACAACACGAUAAUUUCAUCGCUUGGAAUUACAGAAGAAAGGCUUCAAAAGUUUAGUGUCAAGGAACUUAACCGAUUUCUAAAAUCAAAUGGGCUGACAAAGGAAGAGCAACAAUGUGUUAAGAACCGCCGCAGGACUUUAAAAAAUCGAGGCUAUGCUCAGAACUGUAGAAUUAAGAGGAUAAAUAUCAAAAAGUCUUUGGAGGUUCAAAAUAAUGACCUGCUACAAGAGUUAGGCCAGCUGAGGGCUGAGCUGGAAAAGGCAAAGAAAGAGAAGAGUUUCUACAAGUCCAAACUGGUACAACUCGCCAAAUAUUUGAAGGAUCAUAAAUAAGUAAAGGUGGCAUAAACUAAAAUCAUGAAAACACGUUGUAAGUACUGUAGUACAAAACGUACACUCAACUAUUAAACACCACGCUCAGAUGACAGCGCACGCUGUCAGUCCGUAAUGGAACACAACGUCUAAGGAAACCGUUCAACUGUUGGAUUGCCAGGUUCCCAUAAAAUUUUAUUUGCACUAUGAACAGCUUUACUGAACGAUUUUUAAUCUUCUAGUUUUUAAGUUCAUGUUUGUAAAUAUUAGUUUGCCGCGCUCGGGAGAACGUAGCCUGAACGUAAUCAGAACGUUGGUUAGAAGAGAUAUUGYGUGACACGACAUGCUUGAACAUGCCCAUGAAAAACAAAGGUACUAAAAUAUUCAUGUAAUCCUGAACCUGUUGCCCAAACUUGUCAUCUUGUGAUGAUC